AGUUCCCAAGUGUAUAAUUAAAAAAUUAAAAUUCUUAGUUUGUCCCAAAAUGAAUCAAAUAAAAGCAGGACAGACUGGAUGUAGUAAAAGGUCUUUUUCAUAUAGGAAAGGCAACAACAAAAAAGGCAUUGAGAAUUAAUGGGAAAAAUUCCAGGAACAUAUUACAAAAUGUGCUUGUUAUCACUGGAUGCAAAUAUUUUUUGAACUAAUUAUCUUUCUCUUACUGUUCCCAUACAGCUCCUCAAAAGAUUAAAUGAAACCGUUACACAAAAACUUAGACUGAAGGGUCAAAGUCUAUUUCAAGACUUUGUUCUCAGAAUCACUGAAUUUCACUUCAUAUAAUAACUUCAUUAAAAUCUCUAGAAUGAAUGUGCUUAAACACAUACAAAAGCACUUUCACAGCUCAUGUGCUACAACCCCACUGAUACCAGAAGACAUUUUACACAAAGAAUCUGCUUAGCUGUUCCUAUAGAAAAUUAAGCUGCUCCUGCCCCAAACAAGAAAUUCCUCUGAAAUACAAGUGUCUCUGUGUGUUUCUUGUCCUAUGGAAGCAAUGCAUUGCUGAUGAUUCUUGUCAGAAGUAACCACAGUUAUCUCCCUCACACUGCCAAGCUGUGCUGGCAAGCAAAGAGAACAUUAUAACCUGUCUAUCCUCUGGUACCUGCUCAAAGUUUGGGGUUUUUAUUUCACUUGAUCUUGAAGAAAAGAGAGAUGUAUGGGAAAUAGUGCACUCUGUCUGGAGUGGAGGAUAUGUUUGGCACUCUCAGCUACUUAAUAGAAACACACUCACAUCUGUGAGGGUUAGAUACACAGAAAGUGAACAGAAAGCAUCUGAGAAGCUCAGCAGUUGUAGCUCAGACAAAAGCAUAGCAAACACAACAUUUCUGUAAUGGCAAUUAGUUAGGAGUAGCAGUGACAUCUUCCAGGAAAAAAAUAGAGCAUUGCUCCUUGUCUUCAGCCUACAACAAACCCAUGGGACGAAUAAUCAGAAUUUCCUUGAGAUAACUGGCAUGUUAUUCUUCGCCAACAGUAGCCUAUGACUAAAAGGACAACUUCGAUAAUUCCUCUGCCUCAAACCACUGUUUUCUGCCAAACAAGCUACUGUUUUAACUCUACAUGGUAACAAAAGGAUUUCAACUGCUCCAGUAGAGUAGCGAUAUUUCUAGACAUAGAAAUGUUUAUCCGUGUUCCCAAUCUGUCAAGCUUUGCAUCAGAACAUAUACUUCAGGAAGAGCUAACCAGUAAAACCGAAUCCUGAUUUUGGUGAUCAAAGAUACUUCACAUCUUGUUCUUGAAAGGGAGUGUGAGAUAAGAUGAAAAGAGCAGAAGAUAUUUUCUUAAUUCAGGGAGAAAGAAUUUCCAGUGAUCAUUCCUAGCAGUGAGGUGUGGCAAAACUAAUAUUCAGGAAAAUGCCGGAAACAUGAAGAUGAUUGCCUAUGAAGAUGUGACUGGAGUCUUCUAUACAAACAUAAACUAGCAAUAAAUGUUACAACUCUGCAAGAACAGUUUAUGUCAAACAGACUAUAUUUUAAGAAACUGUAUGAGGCAAUAAGUUGCAAUAAUUGGAUCUAAUUCCAAAUCACAUGAAAUGUGGUGCUGGUUGUAUCCAUGGUGCUGACUUAUUCUUCUUUCUGCUGUGAACAUAAGUAGAACCUUUACUUCUGGAGAUGAACUGACUUGGUUAAUUAACAUUAAACCAUCACUGACUGGAGUAGGUCCAAGGACUGGCAUCACAGGUCUUAUUCAAGGCCUUCAAUUGCGGAUUGAGAGUCAAGAGGUGUUAAAGGAGUUCAUGGCUUUACAACAUGUGAAACCAAUAGAUGACUGCAGAACUGGAAAAGCACCAGAAAACCAGCAUAAAAACAGAUACCGAGAUAUUCUUCCAUAUGAUAAAACACGAGUUCCUUUGGGUGAAAAGAAUGGCUACAUUAAUGCAAGCUACAUUAGAAUGAAAGUUGGAGAAGAGGAACAUUUCUAUAUUAUAACCCAAGGACCUCUGCCAUCCACUAUGGUUGAUUUCUGGCAAAUGGUCUGGGAGAAUGAAUCAAAUGUGAUUGCCAUGAUGACAAAAGAAGUGGAGCUAGGCCAAGUCAAAUGUCAUCAAUACUGGCCUGAACCUCCCCAUGACUCUAUAGACCUGGCUAAUUUCCACCUCAGAUUAGACAAUUACCAGAUUCUGGAACACUUCAUAAUUAGAACAAUAGAACUUAUCAACAAGCAGACAGAAGAGAAGCGCAUUAUAAGUCAUUUGCAGUUUACCACUUGGCCAGACCACAGUGCUCCCAAACUGGCUGAACAGCUUGUAAAAUUUAUUUGUUGCAUGAGAAAAGCUCACAGUACAGGACCUAUUGUUGCCCACUGCAGCACUGGCAUUGGGAGAAGUGGAGUUUUGCUGUGUGUUGAGCUUCUGCUCACCUAUAUAGAAAAAGAUUUAUGUUUCAACAUCAAGCAGAUAGUGAGAGAUUUGAGAGAUCAGCGUUGUGGCAUAAUCCAAACUAAGGAUGAAUAUUUAUUCUGUUAUGAAGUUGUGCUGGAAGUCCUUCAGAACCUGCAAGCAACAGAUUCCCUCUGACUGCAAUACAAGUCUUCCCUGUUGCUAAUUCCCUUGGACUCCAGGGACCAGUCAGAAAAUGCACUAAACAGAUGUCAAGCCAGCACCGACAAGUGUUGUAUUACAUGCUUUGUUAGAUUACUGUGAUUUCUAAGAUAUUUCAAACCCUUGCUUAAUAUGUCCUGUGUAAGUCAUUUACAUCUUGGCUCACAGUGUGGAGAAACAGCCAGCCAGCACUGCAACACUG